UUCUGUGUUCUGGCAACUGUUGCAGAGCUUGGGAGGCUUUUGUGGGGUCACAUAUUUGAGUGUUGCACCGCAGGGACUGAAACAAGUCCUUCUAACAGGGGGAAUUCCUCCAAUGGGAGAUGCUUGUACUGCAGAUUCUGUAUACAGGGCGUGCUAUGAGCAAGUUAUGUGCCGAAUUGACAAGUACUACAAAAGAUAUCCUGAGGACAUCAAAAUUGUUCAAGAGCCGGUUACUUAUUUAGCUGAAAAGGGAGGGUUAGGUGACGCUUCCAUCUGGGGGCAUAUUAACGCCCAGAGAACUCCAGACUCUGGGUCUUUCUGGCUGGGGAUAUGGAGCUGGGCUAACCUGUGUAAAGUGUGGGAUCCCAUUUUGGUUCCAGAAGCACCCAAGAGAAUCAGCUACAACUUCUUAAGUUCUUUUUUCAUCUAUGCACUUUGAGAAGUGGUUGAGUUUUGAUACACAUCCCCUCCAUGCCGUCCUGCACGAACCCAUCUACUGUCAGGGUGCUCCUAGUAGGUGGUCUGCUAACAGAACAAGGGCAGAAUACAAAAGCAAGUUCCAUGCUACUACCUCCAGUCCUAAUUAUAAGAACUAGUUAACUAAUUUG